AUGGUCGAAAAGGAAUCUUGUAAUAAAAAAAUAUGCUUGAGAGGAAGUCUGCAUGAUGGCCACCAGGACACAAUUCAUUUUUUAAUGAAGAUGUGUUACUAUUACAAAUCUACGGAUAAUUACGGUGUCUUCGUGUCAAAUAUCGAUUUGAAAAGUUGA